UUGACUUGAGUUUGAUCAUAUAUUCAUAUGUCUUUUGUAGGACAAAACCUUCUCGUGGUCGUUCUCGUGGAGGAGGUAAUUCGAAGGGUGGAUCCCUUCCUCCUCGUUCAACUUCUAAAAAAGGAGACACUUCCAAAAAAACACCUUCUACUGGUGUUACUAGGACUAAAUGCCAAAUGCCAAAUGCAAACAAUGUGGUAAGAAUUCAGGUCAAGUUGAUGAUAAAGAAGAAGAUCAAGAACAGAUUGAUUUUGAAAGAGUCACUAGUACCUUUGAAGCUCGAAUGGAAAGUGUAGGUGAUAUGCCAAGUGAAGGCAGAGAACAUAAUAUACCCAUUGUGGUUGAGGAGGAGGAUGGUGAUGAAGAAGAAGAAGAAGAAGAAGAAGAAGAAGAAGAAGAGGAGGAGGAGGAUGAAGCGGAGGAUGAAGAGGAGGAUGAUAAUGAUGUUCUUCUCAACAAUUUGAAGAAGCAAGGUUGUGCCGAUGUUGGCGGUUCGCGCCAAAUUAGCGAUGGAGGAGCUAGUGGUCAAUCUUAGUGGUGUAGUUAUGCUAUCUUUUAUGUUGGAGAAUUUUAUUUUAAGUUGGAACUUGUAAGUGUAACUUAUGUUGUGAGAGUGAGACUAUGUUGAAUUGUUGAUUGUUGGAUGAUGGAAUUUGUGGAAUAUUUCAUGUUUGAGACUUUGUACUUAUGUAGUAGUAAUGCUAUAUUUAUCUACUAACUACUUGUGUAGAAUGUAGUUGACAUUAACAAUGUCAUUGCCUAAUGGAGUAUUGGACUAUUGGUAAAUCGUUCAUUAUAAGUGAGAUGUACUUGUAAGAUGUAAGGGUCUAUUAGAUAAACAACUAAUUAACUAAUUACUAUUAACUAAUAGUGAAUUGUUGAUUAAUAAAACUUGCUAGACGAUAGCAAUACAAUAUAGUAAUAAUUAAUAAACAAAAAAAUUAUUUACAUCAUUUAAUUAAACAACAUUCAGAAAUAAAAGGAUUACUCCAAAAAUCCCAAAUCAGCCCACUCGGUAUCGGUAUUAAGUCGGUAUACCGGCUCGAAAAAAUAAUCUCAAUGGAUUAACCGGUAUUCGGUAUACCGGUAUUAAUACCGGAUAUCGACUAUUCGGUAUCCGGUAUACAAGAUAAUAUUCGGUAUCGGUAUUCGGUGGUUACAUGUCUGGUUCCGGUAUACCGGAUACCGACCGAUUACCAGCCCUAGGUAAUGCCAAGUAGAAAGACACGAAAAGCAAGAAGAAUACAACCCAGGAGAUUUCAAAAAGUAUUAAAGAGUACAUACUGGAGUUAUGAUUAGAUGUUACACAGAGGAUAAAUAAUGAUGAGUAAGCUAAUUAGACCAAUAAGAAACUAAGAGAAAACAUAGACAAAGAAGCUUGCAACGUGAAAGAGAACUCCCAAGAGUAUAAUGCACCAUGUAAUCUCUAUAGACUGCUGUGAAAUACAAAAGACGUCCAAUGGAAAAUUCGAGGCUCGUCUUAAGUGUGUCAACACAGCCUAAACCUUCUUCCAAAAAAAAAACCCACAUCCCUAACCACCAAGCGAGCCACCAAAUUCGAUAAUCGCCUUGUUGAGUAAGCGAACGUACACAAAAGGAAGUUCUCUAGCCAACAACCUAUAUACUAAGAUAUCAACUCUCACCUGCAUACGGAGGAACAAAUGAACAAAAAACCCCAACAUAAGCAAAUCAUGGAAAUUUUGAUAAUGAAAGCAGAAACAACACCAAACCUGUGUAAUCAUGUUUAGUAAUAUAGUGAGAAUCUUAGGUCAAAAUAGGUAUACUCUAAGUUUCAUAGAGAGAGGUUGACAAAAAAACACUUGGUCCUUUGUGACCAAUUUGGGCCUCAACAGAGAACUGAACAACCCUAUGUGAACCUUCCAAUCCCGCAUCACCAAGUGCAUGAAAGAAACAUUAGGAAGCCAAGCGUCACCAAGGGCCAUAAUUUUUUAGGGCAUAACAUUAUGUAAACACAACAAAAACAUGAAGAGCAUCUGAUGUUGAAGGAAAGUGUGGAGUUGAAGAAACCGAUUCAGUGAUUCUACUUUGAAGAAUUUCAUCAUUUUAUAUAACAAAUUCAACAUGCCUUGUGAAUUAUGACUGCAUUACUCAAACAACUGCACACCACCUUUCUUUAAACUCUUCAAAUCUGAAUACUCAUUCAAGGAUAUAAGAAAAAGACGAAUAAAAGAAAAGAUAAACUGGACAGAGGGAAAAAGAAGCAACAGGUAUGACUCAAACUAACCCAAACACAUAACCUCCCUGGAACAGUUGACAAUUAACAAACUUUAAUUCAUCAAAACCCAUAUCAGCAAAAGAUACGUACACUUCCCUCAAACACCAACCAGCCAACCACAAUGACAGAGUUCAAUAGGCAACUAAGCGAUCUCAACACGAUUUUCCAACAAUACAUCACAAAACAUACAAACACCUAGGAUAAGCCAAACAUAAUAGGACCAAUACUAAUGAACCAACAAAAUAAAAUUACAGCGUAACA